CUAGUGAAAACAUCGUCCAAUUUGGCUCUCUUGUCUACAAACCAUUUGUCUGAGAGAUCCUGCCUGAAUGCACAACAAACGAAGGUUAUUUUUUUUCAUGAUUGACGAUUCAACUUGGAAAUAAUUAACCUGAAUGCACGAACGAAUGAAGAUAAUAUUUAUUCGUGAUUGGCGGUUUAACUUGGAAAUAAUUUACAUAGUUUUGAAAUUUAAGAUAGACCAUAAGUCGUACCGCCACAUCACUGAACAGCGUUCGGUUUUUACAAACGAACAGAAAACAUAGAUCAUGCUCUCCGCCGUCGAUCCCUCUCUUAUCAACGAAACCUUUCAGCUAUUGACCUCUUUCGAUUUAGUUCGAUGGCUAAGACUUCGUAAGUCAAAUACAAACGUUCGAGAUGCUGGUGAGGCAGCACAACAAAGUUAUGGGUCGUCGGGAACCACCAACCGACAUCGCACCACAGCCAAUCACAGCGCCAUCGAUCCGGACGACCUCACGUCUCGCCUUGUGUCCAUCACAAUACACCCCGCUUCCGUUCAAGAGAAAUCUUUGAAAUAUACUAUCGAUACUCUUCAUGAUAAUGAAGCUACAAUUCAAGAUAAUUAUUCCAAUAUUAAUCUGCGGUCCAUAACCGGGUGGACUUUUAAGGCUUUAGCUUUUCCCUGGAAGUUUGUCUGUCGUGUGCGUCAAGAGUGGCGUUCGAUUGCUGCGCCGGACUCGGCAAUGCCUUCCGCACACACGGCGCUGCUGGCGCGACCGGCAGAAGCGGCAGCGCGACGUGUGCCGAGCGAAGAUGACGACCUCAUGCCCCUGCUUGCUGGGUCGCCAAGAUUACACAGUUUUCCCAGGUCCGCGGUUGUGUACGGCUGCUUCUUGUGCCUCGGUCUCGGCACUCUGCUGCCAUGGAACUUCUUCAUCACAGCAGAGUCGUACUGGCAGUACAAGUUCCGCAACACGACCAACGCCUCGAUGUCGGCCGGCGAUGCCGCGGAGAAGACGGAGCUGCAGACGCUCUACACGCCCAUGCAGGCUUGCCUCUCGCAGCUCACGAACUUCUCGCUCCUUAUUGUCAAUGCGCUCUUCAGUCACCGAUUGCCUGUGCGGUUUCGACUGAAGUGGUCGCUGGUGAUGAUGCUGGUUUUCUUCAGCAUUACCACAGCCCUCGUCAAGGUGGACUCUGAUAGCUGGCAGACGGCCUUCUUCGUCGUUACUAUGAUCCUCAUCGUCCUGCUCAACAGUUGCGGGGCGCUCUUCCAAGGCGGGCUGUUCGGGCUGGCUGGGAUGUUCCCACNCACUAAGACCUACUUCCAGCCCGUACUGACGUUCCUUCUCUUCAACGUCGGGGACCUCGUCGGCCGUCAGGCAGGAGGCUACUUUCAGUGGCCCGGCCCCAAGUCCCGCUUGGUGUACGUGUUCGUGGGGCUGCGCGUGAUCUUCAUCCCGCUGCUGUUGCUGUGCAAAAUAGCCAACUCUCCUGCCAUUCGAACAGACCUCGACAACUUGGAAAUCCAUGAACUUUGCUACCAUCUUAGCUUGAUACAAGCGCUCUUCCAAGGCGGGCUGUUCGGGCUGGCUGGGAUGUUCCCGCCGCGCUUCAUGACGGCGGUCGUGACGGGCCAGGCCAUCGGGGGCGUCUUCGCCUCUCUCGCCAGGAUCGUGUCGUUGGCCGCGGGUGCGGACGACAUUACCUCGGCCUUCAUCUACUUCCUGAUCGCCGUGGGCGUGAUGGUGGGCACCAUCGGGGCACUCCACUACCUCACCACCACCGAGAUGUACCAACACUACACGUCCAUGUCGGUGUCAGAGAAGCCCCUAGGCUCGGAGGAAGAGCAACAGCCUCUCAAGCCNGUUUCAUUGCUUGACAGGAUCGUGUCGUUGGCCGCGGGUGCGGACGACAUUACCUCGGCCUUCAUCUACUUCCUGAUCGCCGUGGGCGUGAUGGUGGGCACCAUCGGGGCACUCCACUACCUCACCACCACCGAGAUGUACCAACACUACACGUCCAUGUCGGUGUCAGAGAAGCCCUUAGGCUCGGAGGAAGAGCAACAGCCUCUCAAGCCCUCUGAGCUCGUCGCUCACUCCACCAAGGUCUUCAAGCAGAUCUGGCCGCUGGGUCUGUCAGUGGCUGCCGUAUUUGGCGUGACGCUCGCCGUCUUUCCCGCUGUCUGCGUCAAGAUCACCUCGACGUCAGCCAACCCCGUCUGGGCUGAGACUUACUUCCAGCCCGUACUGACGUUCCUUCUCUUCAACGUCGGGGACCUCGUCGGCCGUCAGGCUGGAGGCUACUUUCAGUGGCCCGGCCCCAAGUCCCGCUUGGUGUACGUGUUCGUGGGGCUGCGCGUGAUCUUCAUCCCGCUGCUGUUGCUGUGCAACCACGAAUCUACGGACGUGCCCGUCUUCUUCCCCAGCGACGUCGCCUACUUCUUCGUUAUGGCGCUCUUUGCUCUGUCCAACGGCUAUCUGGGCACCCUCUGCUUCAUCUAUGCGCCGAGGCGCGUGACGGACAGCAAGGAUGCGGAGCGAGCAGGCAGCGUGAUGGCCGCCAUGCUGGGUUUAGGGCUCAUGCUGGGCGCUGCCUCCAGCUUCGGCUUCGGCAUGAUCCUUUGAUCGCUGAGCUCUUAACAUGACUAAUUUAGGAAUCCUUUCCAAAAUAGAUCCACCGAACUAUAAAAUACUUUCUUAUAGAACUAGUAUGAAAUACUUUCAUAUAGAACUAUGAAAUAUGUUGGAAUACUUUCUUAUAGAUCGAUAGAACUAUGAAAUACUUUCUUAUAGAACUAUGAAAUACUUUGGAAUACUUCCUUAUAGAUCGAUCGAACUAUGAAAUACUUUCUUAUAGAACUAUGAAAUACUUUGGAAUACUUUCUUAUAGAUCGAUCGAACUAUGAUCUCUACGUGGGGCGGUACUGAGUUUCUUUGUAAGGAUAAUUAUUAAUCCCUAUAGAUGGGUUUACAUUUGAGCAUUUCUGUUAGAUCGUUUCGGAGGAAGCGUUUUCAUAUGCUCGUAGCUGGGAUUUCUUUUUUAUAUAGCGCUUCUCUACCACACCAGAUAUUUAGAAGAAUUAUUUGAAGUUCCGUAGCUUAUUUUAUUAUUUAUUCUUUGUAAUACCAUGUAUUUUACUGCGCGUCUUUCGCGCAACCCAGUGAUGUUUCGAUUUGUAAUAAUUACAACAGCGCUGAUAUUCGUGUUUUAUCUUAGGAGGUCUAAAGUUAGUUUGAAUCUCCAUACUUUGUUAGAUAACACUUCAACUUACAUCCGCGCGGAACUAUUGUUUACGUCACUCGACGGGAUUAUUCCUCACAAAAACCAAGUUGCAUUUUUCCACGUUCAUACUGUGUAAUUUUUCGUACGUUGCUAAAUAAAUACGUGAAUCAGAGAUAUCUUUACGAACUUAACUUGGCGAUUUCAAAUGUCCUUGCAAGUCCAACGAGUUCGAGCCUCAUGUGUUCAGAACUCGCAAUUGAGGAUAUUAAGUGUUAAAGUUUGAUUACGUCCAACGUGUUAACACGACUGUGUUCAAAUAGUAACAAAUAAUAACGCGGUGAACUUAUGAAUGACCUUAAAAAAAAUUUGAAAUAUUUCCCAGUUGCAGCCUAGAAUCUGAGCUGAGGGUAGUACUGAAAGCGUGGUAUUUCUAACGCAGUGGUUUUGGUUUACGUUGUGUUGUGCUAAUUGUGUUUCGGCUUUGAUUUUCCUUUCUAACCAUAUUUGGAAUUUCUAGAAGAUUAUAAUGCUAAAAACAGUUAGGUUGCUGCCUACAUUCAUAUCCAAGAAUUCUACAAAAUCCAUGUCAUUCAACUCAGUUUCUAGUCUGGAAAGUGAGUGGGAUGUAUUGUUUUAGUGAAAGGUAUGUUCACGUAUCGUCUGCACAUAUUCUUACAUUACGAAUCACAUGUUCUUAUGAAAUGUCCGUUCAUUCAUGUAGCUAAUGCCUUGAUGCCACGCAAGUAUGAAGAAUUUGCUUUGUGUUCCGUAAUCAGAAUGUAAAUCGUGCAGCCUCGAGUCGGUGUUAUCUAUUAGCUAGGGACCAAGGACUUAGAAGCUGCGGGCACUAAGACAUUCCUCGCGAUUUUGCCCAGCAGUACAUUGUUUUUUCAGA